AUGGAGGCGGCCGGAAUCCGCGCGGCGGCAUGGGUGGUGGGCAAGGCGCUGAGCCCACUGUCCGAUGGCGUGCUGGAGUCGUGGGUUGCGAGCAACAUGCUCGGGUCUAACAUCGAGGCUCUGAAGAUGGAAUUGUUGCGCGCACAAGCCGUGCUGAACAUUGCCGGGGGCAGGGAGAUCCAAAACCCUGCCCUGGCUGAGAUGCUGGACAAGCUGCGGGAGCUGGCCUACGGCGCCGACGACGUGCUGGACGAGAUCGACUACUUCCGCAUCCAGGAUGAGCUCGACGGCACCCACCAUGCCGCCGACGAGCAUCCCGCCGGCUGCGUCCGCAACCUCGCCCAGAACGCUGGCCACACGGCCAGGGCUUGUGUGAAUACACUCAAUGUCGGUAAACACCUCUCUUGCUUCUCCUCGUCAGCGUCUGUCAAUCGUCAUGCUCAACCACCAAAACUCAAGUUUGAUAGGGUCGAAAUGUCAACAAGGAUAUCGGACAUCACAGAGCAGCUGAAGCCCGUAUGUGCUAGGGUCUCCAACAUUCUCAAUCUAGAGUUAGUCAACUCUAGCAACACCCCUUCCCAAGAUAUUGCUAUGAACAGACCCAAAACCACCCCACAAAUUAUAGAGCCUAAGUUAUAUGGGAGGGAUCUCCACAAGAAGACUGUCUUAGAUGAAAUUGCUAAUAGUGAAUACGCUAAACUUACAGUGCUUCCAAUCGUUGGCCCCGGGGGUAUCGGGAAGACAACUUUCACACAACACAUAUAUAAACAAAAGAAGAGUGACUUCCAGGUUCCCAUUUGGAUAUGCGUCUCUCUCGAUUUUAAUGCAAAUAGGUUGGCAAAAGACAUAGUUCAAAAGAUCCCCAAAGUUGAAAAUGAAAACAAAAAUUGUAGUGACGAAGAGCUAAUCGAACAAAGAUUAAAAGGAAAGAGGGUCUUACUUGUAUUAGACGAUGUGUGGCCACAUCAUGAGAAUGAGUGGAAAAAGGUAAUAGCUCCAUUUAAAACAGAGGAUGCAAAAGGAAACAUGGUUAUAGUAACGACUCGGAUACCUGAGCUAGCAGACACGGUUAAGACAACUAAAUGCUCACUAGAAUUGGAGCGUCUAUGCUCAGUAGAUAUUAUGUCUUUCUUCGAAGAGUGUGUAUUUGGUGACCAAGAGCCAUGGGUUGACCAGCCAGAACUAGCUGACGUUGGGAGGAAAAUAGUGGAUAAGCUGAAGGGUUCACCUCUUGCAGCCAGAACUGUCGGUAGACUACUAAGAAACAAACUUACAUUGAACCACUGGAGAAGCGUUCUGGAAAGUAAAGAAUGGCAAUUACAAAAGGACGAUAAUGACAUCAUGCCAGCUUUAAAGCUUAGUUAUGAUUAUCUUCCAUUCUAUCUACAACGAUGUUUUUCUUUUUGUGCUUUGUUUCCUGAAGAUUACGAGUUUGGUAGUGAGGAGUUGGUUCACUUGUGGAUUGGGCUCGAAAUUCUGCAUUCAUCUGAUCAGAACAGAAAAAAACUUGAAGAUGUUGGACUGUGCUAUUUAAACAACUUGGUCAAUCAUGGUUUUUUCAAAAUGAAUAAAUUGGAAAAUAAAAGUCCUUCUUAUGUUAUCCACGACCUACUGCAUGAUUUGGCGGUGAAGGUUUCGUCGGAUGAGUGUAUAUGCAUCUAUGUGUCUAAAGUGAGGCACAUAGAAAUUCCCCCAUCCGUACGUCACUUGUCUAUCAUUGUAGAUAACACAGAUAUCGAGGAUAGGGUGUUGUUUGAGGACUAUGAAGGAAAUUUGAGUGCACUUGGUGAAAGAAUGAAAGUUGAAAACUUGCGCACCUUAAUGUUAUUUGGAGAUUGCCAUGUAAGCUUUGCGAAAACUUUUGAUGGUUUGUUUAGGGAAGCUAGAGCGCUUCGCGUAAUUUUUUUGUCCGGAGUUUCGUAUAAUUUGGAGGAUAUAUUGCACAACUAUUCAAAACUUGUCCAUCUUCGCUACCUAAGGGUCAAGUUGGCGUAUUAUUACUAUGGCUUUUGUUUAUCAAGUUCGUUGUGUAGAUUGUAUCAUCUAGAGGUGAUUGAUCUACAAGAUCAUUAUUGUGACUUUAGGUCAAUAAGACAUAUGAGAAACCUUGUAAAAUUGCGUCAUUUUCUUGUCGGAACAGAAAAUCUUCACCUUCAUUCUGAUAUUCGUGGGGUGGGAAAACUGAAAUUCCUCCAGGAAUUAAGGGAGUUCAGAGUGGGAAAGAAGAGUGAGGGUUUUGAGCUGAGUCAACUCGGGCCAAUGAAAGAGAUUGGAGGAUCACUUGGCAUUUAUAAUCUUGAAAAUGUGCAAACAAAAGAGGAAGCAAAAGAAGCAAAACUGUUACAGAAGAACUGUUUGAGAGAACUCAUAUUAGAAUGGGAUGUCAAGCGAUCCAAUAAGGAUCAUGUGAAAGAACAAAAUGUUCUUGCAAGUCUUGUACCACAUAGCAAUCUUGAAGAGUUGUGCAUUAGAGGGCAUGGGGGCACUAACUGCCCAGCAUGGCUAUGUGAGAAUCUCUCGGUUGAAUGUUUGGAAUCUCUUUGUCUAGAUGGCAUAUCCUGGAAAAACCUUCCACCUCUAGGAGAGAUGUGGAUGGCUAAUGAGCUUGGAGAAGAGUAUCAGGGUUGUAGUAUCUCAUCUCCAAACUUUCAUAAUUUGAGAAGUCUAAAAUUAAGUAACAUAUCUUGUUUGAAAAAAUGGGUCGGGAGUGGCACUUGUCCUUUAUUUUCUCACUUGGAAGUGCUCGUCAUUAGAGGUUGCCCUGAACUCAUCGAGUUGCCGUUUUCACAACCUCCUACUUGCUCUCAAGCAUGGCGGGAUGAGAAAAUAGGGUGGUUUCCUAGAUUAUGGAAGAUCGUCAUUGUAGGCUGCCCGAAACUAGUGUCAUUCCCUCCUAUCCCUUGGCGGACAUGUGCUCCGUGCUCUGCUUACAUAGCAGGAGUUGGGUCGUGUUUUGAGGAGCUGAUUUACCCGAGACGGGAAUUGGAGUUAAAUCUGAAGAUUGAGGGAAGAGGUGGCCAGGGUGAUGUGUUCUGGAGCGGGUUAAAUUUCUCUAAUCUAACUGAUCUAGAAGAGUUGUGUAUGAAAAAAAUCCCUUUCCUGCCAUUGGAACACCUCCGAGCGCUAACAUCUCUGAAGAAGAUCGAGAUAAAUGGUGCGAGCAGUUUCUUGUUGCCCGUUGAAGGUGCCAAUGAUGGCAUAUACCGGUUUCCAGUUGAACACCUCGAGAUUACUGGGUGUGAUGUUAGUGGGAAAGAAUUGACACUGAUGCUCUCUUUCCUUCCCAACCUCUCAAAGUUGAGAAUAUCUGACUGUGAGAAUAUAACUGGAUUGGGUGUGGCGGAGGGUGCAGAAACUAUUUCUGGAGAGCAGCAGGAGCAAGAGACAAGAGUCGGAGAGGAGGAACUCAUAACAGCAGCCGCAGCAGAAGGCCUGCUUCUCUUGCCUCCCCACCUACAGGAAUUGUGGAUUUUCGGUUGCAAAAAUAUGAGCAUACUUUCCAAUCCAAUGCACGACAACGACCACAAAUCAGCAGACAGUGGAGAAGGAGGCGGAGGGGGACUCCAGCGUCUCCGCUCCCUCCGCUGCUUGUAUGUAUGGUCUUGCCCCAAGUUCCUCUCCUCCUAUUCAUCCACGUCCUCUGUUUUCCCUUUCCCAACCUGCCUGCAAGGCCUCACCCUAAACGGCGCGAAGUACAUGGAGACACUACAUGCCCUCUCAAAUCUCAGUUCUCUCUCGGAGUGCGAGUUAUUCUUCGAAUUGAGUGGUUCAGAUGGUUUGUGGUCUCUCCUCAGCCACGGCUGCCUCACAAAAUUAUCCCUCGAUUCUGACUCUAAUUUCUUCUCGGCAUGUGAUCCCUCGAUUCCGACUCCAGUUUCCACUAACCCUCUUUAUCUGCGGACGGGGAGCAGCACAGGGUUCCUGUCUGCGCCCAUCUGCAGCCUCCUCUCACCAACCCUCACCAAGUUAGAUCUCAUGAUCGGCGAGGAGGUGGAGUGCUUCACAAAGGAGCAAGAGGAGGCCCUUCAGCUCCUCACCUCCCUCCAGGAGCUGCGGUUUUCAAUCCUCAGAGAGAAUAGGGAGUUCCUCUGGAAGCUGCAGCGCCUCCCUGCAGGGCUACACAAGCUUAUCAACCUCAAGAAACUAACUGUCGAUCAGUGUUCGUCCAUCCGGUCGCUGCCCUGCCUUCCGAGCUCUCUGCAGGAAUUAGUGAUCGUGUGGUGUUGUGCCAUCCAGUCGCUGCCAAACAGCCUCCCAAAUUCUCUGGAAAAAUUGACGAUCUACAGCUGUAAUGACAUCAAGUCGCUGCCCAGGGACGGACUACCAAGUUCAAUGCGAGUGUUAGAUGUCCUUCGGGACAACAGCGAAGAGCUAAGAAGGGAAUGUCGCAAGCUAAAAGGAACCAUUCCAAUAGUCAGAGCAUGA